CCGCCACGCUCCGGGCCCGCUCCGGGAACGAGCCCGCUGGACGCAUGGAGCAGCCGCAGCCGCCCCCUGAAUGCCCGUGGAAGGAGACGCGGGCGGCCCUGGGUCGGCUGGCGGAAAGCUUGAGCUGCUCCCGAUGCGAAGGCAUUCUGAAGAAACCCGUGAACAUAGGAGGCUGUGAACAUGUUUUCUGCCUAACUUGCAUAGGUGAUUGCAUUGGCACAGCCUGCCCAGUGUGUCGCACACCAGCCAUGGUACAAGACGUAAAAGUAAACAGGCAGCUAGACAACAUCGUCAAACUAUAUAUCAAAUUGCAGAGUCUGCAGGGCAGGGACGUCUCAGGUUCUGUAGAUAAGCUGGCUGUUCCAGGAGACAUAGAUCCUGAGGCAGGAACUAAGAAGCAAAUCAAAAUGUGGUUCAGUCCUCGUAGUAAGAAGAUGAGAUUUACCUUCAAGAAGAGGCCGGAGAAGCCACAGCAAGCCAAGAUGGGCAAGGACAGCCAGCCUGAUGACUCGACUUCUGUGUAUGACUUUCUUUCCUCCCCUCCUCAUCAAGAACAUUUUAGAGAGGAUAAGAAAUCUCGGCCAAAAUGUAAAAAGCAGCUGAAGAAAAAGACUUUAACAGACAUCAACCAGCAAUGGGAUUUGCUCGAGGGAAGGCAGGAGAAAAUCAGUGGCCACGAUGAGGGGACCCUGAGUGAAACUAAGGAAACAGUGGUGUCAUUUUGCAGUCAGACAGUGGUGAUCCCCAGUCCUAGUCCAAAAAUAGGGCAUAGGUCUGCAAUGGGGCUUGUACAAGAUGAGAAUGAACUUGGUAUGGGUGGUGAUGCAUCUGUGAAACCCACGGAGAAGAGCAGCAGUGAUAACUUGUCUUCUACAUGUGACGUUGCUAAGGAAAGCUUGACGUCUGAAGAGUGCCUCCCCUCUGGAAGCAAAAUGGCUCGGCUAAAACGUGGCAGGCAACAAAUGGGAUCUCCCACUUCUCUAUCUAAACGUCCCAGGAGGAAAGAGCAGAGUACCUGCAGGAGAACAUCACUGUUGAAAGAGUCCCCGAGUCAGUCCACCAAAAACUCCCUUGGAAAAACCUCUUCUCCUUCUACUCUGACUGCUAGCAUCUUGAAAAAGUCUGAAGGCUUUCAGAGUGUGAGGAGUCAAAUAACACCAGAAAUGCCAAUUCUGUCUAAUAAUCCUACACGAAAGAAGGCACUGGAAAUUGAGCUUUGCACCAAGAAAUCUCCCAAUAAUCUCUUGGCCAAGAGAAAUCAUAAAGGGGAGACUUUACUCCACGUUGCUUCCAUUGAGGGAGAUCUCUCUGCUGUUGAGCACCUAUUAAAAAGUGGAGCAGACCCCAAUGUUAAAGACUACGCUGGAUGGACACCAUUGCAUGAAGCUUGUUAUCAUGGACAUAAGGCAGUAGUGGAGUUAUUGCUACAACAUGGGGCACUACUGAAUGCAACUGGCUAUCAAAAUGAUUUGCCACUUCAUGAUGCUGUCAGGAAUGGGCAUACAAGCGUUGCUGAACUAUUGCUUUUGCAUGGAGCUUCUCGAGAUGCAGUUAAUAUAUUUGGUCACAAACCCAUGGAUUAUGCGGAAACGGAUAAGAUGAAGUCACUGUUAAUGCUACCAGUGAAGAUUGAAGCUUCUUCAAUUACUCAGUGUGCAGAACAAAUAAGCCUAAAUCACCCUAGAGAAGAGCCUAUUGUUUUCCUUGGAAGUGGUCUUGAUCCAGUUCAGCAGCAAUUGUUGAGUAAAUUGGCCGUGGUUCUGAAGGCUAGAAUAUGUACCGAGUUUAACAGCACAGUGACGCAUGUCGUUAUCCCUGAGUAUCCUGUGCGAAGUACUAUGAAAUGCAUGCUGGCAGUUUUGUCUGGAUGCUGGAUCUUGACAUUUAAGUGGGCAGAGGCCUGCCUGCAGAUGGAAGCCAGGGAGCAAGAAGAGAAGUAUGAAAUCGAUGGCGGUCCACGACGAGGCCGGCUGAACAAAGAACAGCUGUUGCCAAAGUUGUUCGAUGGCUGCUACUUCUAUUUUCUGGGAACAUUUAAGAAGCACAAUAAAGAUAACCUCAAAGAAUUGGUGAAAGCAGGUGGCGGACAGAUUCUCAUGCGGAAACCCAAAUCGGAUAGUGAUGUGACACAGACAAUCAAUACUGUAGCCUAUCAUGCCAAGAUUACUUCUGAUCAGAGUUUCUGUACACAGUAUAUAAUCUAUGAUGUAUCUUCUAGUUACAACCCAGAGAAAGUUCGUCAAGGAAAGGUUUGGGAGGUGCCAUCUAAUUGGCUUAUAGACUGUGUGAUGUCAUUUCAACUUCUGCCUGUUAAGAAAUGAUGUUUCCAGCAUCGUGAUUUUAUGUAGUUUUGGCUUUCAAAAAGAGAUUGAAAUUAUGUACCUUAAUGUAGAAACUGCUAUUAAUGAUCGGGUUCUCUGUAUUUACCCCUUAAAAAUUAUUUGGAGCAGGAGUAGCACAACCAAAAUUCUCUUCAAGUGUUAACUGGUGGGGGGUUUUAACUACUGAGAAUCAUUUAACUUUUCAUAUGUUUGUAAGUAUUGGUUUUUGUAUUAAUUGAUUGGAUUUCUGUGCAUCUGAGUCAGACUGUAAUAUAUUUGAAAAUUUGUGCACUUCUGGUUAUUGGGCAUAUUCUGAAAGUGUGGUUAUUUUACACUUAAAUCCUGUGGUUACCUUUGAAACUUCCAUCAGGCUACUAGAAUCCCUUUGGCUACUAGAAUCUGGCUACUAGAACCCUUUUUAUUAAGCAAACUGCAGCAUGCAAUAUAGUAUGAACCCACCUAUUAACACAGCUAAAGGCUUUUCCUGUUUAUGUAUAGUGAAAUUGACACUACCGUUGUUGUUUUUCAAUUCAUAAAUUAAUUGUUAUGUUGGCAAUCAUGAUGUCUAUUUUAUGUUGUAUUUUUCAUGUUUUGUG